GUAGUCGGUGAUGGCGGCGCAGGCGGAGUUGUGCGCACUGGACCCGUUCCCCACAGGUUUCAGUCCGCUAGACGCGCUUCUGCCCCGUGUAGAGCUCCAGACUCUGCUCGGCGAGGGUCAUGAAGCGGACACGGACCUCCAGGUUGCGCUGCUAUUCACUCCACACCGGGCAGAGAGCAGCAGAGCCCGGACAGUGUUUCUGCGAGCCGUCGCGACCGAACUGGAGUUGUGGAGAGGAGCAGGGGGCACAGACAAUGUAUUGCAAUUGUGGGUGAGUCCUCAGUUCCUCAGCCUACAUUCAGACCUAGGUCCCGGUUCAGUCCAGAUUCUAGACCCUGUUAGCUUGGACCAGGUGGUGCUGGGUCUCAGGCGGGGAUCUGGACUCUGUCCCCAGGAUCGGAGCCUCGUGUCUUGGCUGCUGCAGCGCUGUGGGCCCCUGACGUUGGUGGAGAGAGGAAAGCCACUCCUUCUCACAGACACAACACAGACCUUAGACUUCCUGGUUCUGGACUGCAGCCCUGUGUCCAGAGGGCAGGUCACUCCUCAGACCUGCGUUGUUCUGACCGACUGUUCUGACUUGCCAGACUCUCAACAGACGCCGCCUCCCUCGCCCUCUCAGCCAAUCAAACUGUGUGUUUCUGACUUUGCGGUGUUGUCAGAGGGGCUGAGUGGGCGGUCUCUGCUGGAGCGGCGCAGGCUGCUGGAAGCGGGGCUUAAUGGAAUCCUACAGGCUAUGGAGUGCCAUGUGGAUGUCCUGGUCUCCCCCCUGCUCCCCUUUCUACUUCCCUUUGACCACUCCCUGUUCCUCCCCAAACACCUGAUGCUCAAACUCGGACUCUGUAACCAUCAGUGGGUGCGUGUGUCAUUAGGGGACGGGGUCAGGGAGCGCCUCGUCUCUGUGGCAAUCGCAGAUAAACUGGAAGUGGACAGUCAAGAGAUGGGACUAAUCUCAACAACACUGUGGUUCAAUCUGAGCGAGGGAGAGCCACUUCCUGUCAACGCCACUUCUCUGCGAAUCAAGCGCUGGGUUCCUGAUUCAAUUCCCGGGCGCUCUGAGACUCUCUCUCUCGCUGCAUCUCCUCCAUUCGCGUCUGAAUUGCACCUUCAACCUGUGCACUCACCACUGUACUCCUGCAGUACUCUGAGCUACAACCAAAUACUGACAGAGUACUUCCUCACACCCAGAUUGGUAUCAGUGGGAGACCUGAUGCUCCCGGUUCAGAACCACCCAGAGCUGGUCCAGUCCUCAGAGGGAGUCCUCAGGGGUGCUGUGGUGCUGUACUUCAGAGUGCAGAGGGUCUGUUCAGCCAAAGAUGAGGUGACAGGACCAUACCUGUCUGACAGGGACCACACCUCUCUCUACAUGGGUGUGGCCACUAAUAGCCCUGCCCCCUUUGUCUGUGUGGGUGGCGCUUCUUUCUGGACUCGGGUGGACCCUCAGGGAUUGACCCAGUCUGUGGAGCGUCUGUGUGAGAUCAUCAGCCCUCAUUUUAUACACAGCUCUCUGGGUGUGUGCUCUGUUCUUCUCUGUGGUUCUAGAGGAAUUGGAAAAAUGACAGUGAUCCGAGCUGCAGCGCACAGACUGCACCUGCAUCUGUUAAAAGUGGACUGCGUGUCUCUGUGCUCCGACUCCCUCGCCGCUUCCGAAAAGAAGAUGUUGGCCAUCUUGGACAAGGCAGAGGAAGUGUGCCCCUGUGUGGUGGUGCUGAGGAACCUACAGCUGCUACUAAGAGCCAGUGGAACUGAGCAGGGACGACUGCAAAGCACUCUGGGAAGACUGUUGCUGCGACUCUCCAACAGCAGCGUGGCAGUGAUCGCGACCGUACCUCAAGCCACAGACCUCAGUGCUGCUGUAGUACCAUUUUUCCUCCACCAGGUGUCACUGCAGAGCCCAGGGGAGGAGCAGAGGAGGUCCAUGAUCCAAGGACUGACCCAAGACCUCAGUCUGGGACCAGACGUAGACCUGGUCCGUCUCGCCAAAAUCACAGCGGGCUUGGUGUUGGGGGACCUCAUUGCUCUUGUCGCUGAAGCGAGUCGAGAGGCGCGUCACAGACUUAUACAGAUCUGUCCUGGACACAGUGAGGAGGUUCUUGUUCUCUCUGGGCUCUGUCUCCAGGAUCGGGACUUCAGCUCAGCACUCAGGACUCUGCAGCACUCCCAAGCCAAGACUGUGGGAGCCCCAAAGAUCCCGUGUGUGCACUGGGAGGAUGUUGGUGGUCUGCAUGAUGUGAAGACUCAGAUCCUGGACACUGUAUCUCUGCCUCUGACCCGACCAGAGCUUACGUCUCUGGGCCUGAACCGCACCGGACUCCUGCUGUAUGGACCUCCAGGCACCGGGAAGACCCUCCUUGCCAAAGCUAUAGCCACCGAGGGCACUAUGAACUUCCUCAGUGUCAAAGGUCCAGAGCUGAUCAACAUGUACGUGGGCCAGAGUGAGGAGAACGUGCGCAAAGUUUUUACACGGGCGCGUGCCGCUGCCCCAUGUGUGGUGUUCUUUGAUGAACUUGACUCUCUGGCCCCCUCUAGAGGACGCAGUGGAGACAGCGGUGGAGUUAUGGACAGGGUGGUAUCUCAGCUCCUGUCUGAACUCGACUCUCUUCAGUCGUCUGGAGUGUUUGUGAUUGGAGCCACAAACCGGCCGGAUCUGAUUGACCAAUCACUGCUCAGGCCUGGGAGGUUUGACAGACUGGUGUAUGUGGGUGUGAAUGAAGACCGAGGCUCUCAGCUGCAGGUCCUACGGGCCAUUCUCAGGAAGUUCAACUUGGCACCAUGCGUGGACCUAGAGGCCAUCUUGGACCAGUGCCCUGGUCACAUGACCGGAGCCGACCUGUACGCCCUCUGCUGCGACGCCAUGACCAAUGCCCUUAAGAGGAAGAUUUGCCUCAUUGAACAGAAACUGGAAAGUGAGGACUCUGCAUUGUGUCUUUCUAUGGAGGAUUUCUUCAUAGCGGUGAAAGAUUUUAAACCUUCAGUGCCUGAACGAGAACUUCAGCGAUACAAGAACCUCCAAAAAACUCUAUCUGAGUAUUAAGGCCUGCUUUAGUCAUGGUUUAAAACAAGAUUAUACCUCUUAAAUAAUUUCACAAUUGUAACAAUGAACAGAUUUUGGUAGAUGCCUGUUAACAUUGUUUGAUGUAAAUAUUACAAAUGUAAAUGAAAAGUUAUUUAUACUGAUUUCAAACUUGUACCAGACUGAGUUUUAUUGUAUUCUAGUUUUAUUUAACAUUUUAUUGCAAAAUAAUACAAUCAAAACAAACAACACAAUACAGACUGGUCAGAAAACACUGAUACUUGACAAAGCAAGGUCAGGGACAUUUGCUAGUUUCAAAAGUCCAAAGCUGUCCGUUUGAAUCAUAGAUUGUAUAUAAAAAUGGACAUAGCUAACGCGCCAGCCUUCACGUUCCAAAUAGGAAGUGUGCCAGGAGGCUCUUCCAGCUCCUUCUGACCAUGGCUCCUAUUGACUUACAUUGGAAUAUUGUGGCCCCUCUCUCUGUAACUGCGGCAGUGAACCUCGUCAUUUUAGUCUUAAAAUGUUCUUAUUAAAUUGCUCUAUAUGA